AUGUUAGCUGGUGAAAAUAGUGUAACAAUACAGAAUGCACUUACAGCCUAUAUUAUUUUGACACUUAAUAAAUAUUGUUAUAAUAAUAAUGAUGAGCGUCGUAUUUUACAUACAAUUACAAUCGUUAAUUCUCGUGGUGUUUCCGAUUUCAUUGCUCCACAAGGCCAAGUAUCCAAUUCUUUAUUCAUGAUGUUAUCGAAUGAUUUCGAUGAUCCGUAUUCAUUAUCAAAUAUUGCAAAGACAAUACGUCAAUCGAUUAUUCAGUUACGUGAUCCCAAAGUUCUUGAACCUGGAAUUGCUACUAUUGAUGGAUUAAUCAGAAAGAAUAUUAGAAAUAAUAAAUUUCUGAAUCUACAACUUGUUUCAAAUGAAAUUGCUAUUAAUUCAAAUUUUAGAUAUGAUUGGGCAGAUUUAGUUGAUUUUGGUUAUACAGAUAAAUGUCGAUUUUAUACAAUUUGA